AUGCAGCCGAGCGAGCUAGCCGACACCGCGCACGCCGCUAGCGGAAACCCCCCGCAGCGUGGCCUCAACGGUGGCCGAUUCGACUUUGACGAUGGUGGUACAUAUUGUGGAGGGUGGGAAGACGGCAAAGCCCACGGCCACGGUGUGUGCACCGGCCCCAAGGGACAGGGGGCGUACGCCGGCUCCUGGCAUUUCGGUUUCGAAGUGUCUGGCGUCUACACCUGGCCCAGUGGCAGCUCAUUCGAGGGGCAAUGGCAGAACGGUAAACGGCACGGCCUGGGCGUGGAGACGCGUGACCGGUGGUUGUACCGGGGAGAGUGGACGCAAGGCUACAAGGGGCGUUACGGCGUCCGCCAAAGCAGCACAAGCAACGCCAAAUACGAGGGCACAUGGGCCAACGGCCUCCAAGACGGAUAUGGUUCAGAAACAUACGCCGAUGGCGGAACGUACCAAGGACAAUGGAUGCGAGGACUCAGACAUGGGUACGGAGUGCGGACGUCGGCGCCCUUCGGCCUGGCGUCGCACUACCGCGGGGGCGGCCGCGACCACCGCGGCUCGCUGUCCUCGCUGGCGGAAGCGACGGGCACGCCGGACCCCUCCGACCGACGCACGACGCGCAUUGACGACGCCCGGGGAGGGUUCGUCCUCAAGGAGAGUUCCGACGAACCUUCCGGACGACGAGGCUCUCUCGUCGAAAAAACUAAAAAGGGACUAUUUGCCAGAAUACGCAAACAACGUAGCACGGGGGAGCUCGACAAGCGCGGUACCGGCUCGGUGCGGUCCGGCGGCUCGGGCGGGUCGGCCUCGUCGUGGGUGUCGUCGGUCGAGAGCACGCACUCUGCUACGACACGUGUCUCCUUGCAUACAAACUCGAACAACAGUUUCAUUGUUGAGAAUGAACAUCUAGAUGCCAGUGUAACUGAAACUUAUAUGGGCGAGUGGAAGAAUGAUAAACGUACUGGAUUCGGUGUAAGUGAACGUAGUGAUGGACUCCGAUAUGAGGGCGAGUGGUUCGCGAAUAGGAAAUACGGCUACGGUGUGACUACCUUCCGAGACGGGACGAAAGAAGAAGGCAAAUAUAAGAACAACGUGCUCAUCACUAGCCAAAAGCGCAAACAUAUGUUUCUCAUGCGCUCGGCUAAAUUCCGGGAACGCGUUGACUCUGCAGUGAAUGCAGCACAGCGUGCAUCAAAAAUAGCAUUACAAAAGGCCGAUAUUGCUAUUUCUAGAACCGCUACAGCUCGAGGUAAAGCCGAACAAGCUGAUGAAGCAGCAGACCAAGCUAAAGAAGACUGUGAUAUAGCACAAACAACUGCCAAGCAGUUCGCACCAGAUUUUAAGCAUCCCGGCUUUGACCGAAUAGGGUUAAGAGAGAAGUAUAGACAAAAAGUUUAUGAACAACAAGUUAAUCCUACACCCCCUUCACAAGAAACCGAAAAGAUCAUGGACGGAAAGAGCAUUCCAAAUCAUAUCCCUCCGAUGCAUUCACAUAUUCCUCAAAUGAAAAAAAUACCAAAUGCGAUGUCGUCAAGAAGACCAUCAACUCAAUAUCACAAUACAGGCCAAUCAAUGGACCAACGAUAUCCUACUAGUCCUAACUACACUUCUGAUGAUAGAAAUGUUAAUCCUCAAUACGAUCAGUUUUAUAAGACUAAUCAAGAUACAUGGACGGGUCCUGGAAGUGUGCAAAAUCAAAUACAAGGCCAAAAACUAUACUCAAAUAAUCCACCAAGUGGAUAUAUGCCGGAAGCCCAACCACCGCUUUCCCCCUAUCAAACACAAACACAAAACAUUGACCACACUAAUCAACAAUACGCAAACCAAAACCGUCGAUAUUCGUCUUCCACACGACCACCAACAAAUCAAAGACCAUCUCAGGACUGGAAUGCACCCCCAGGACUUACUAGACGGCAAAGUAUUUUAGCUCAACCUAUGAAUGAACCACAAAUUGAGACAUACGUCGACAGUAGUAUGGCAGCUUAUAGAAGAAAUGAAUUGCGUACAGGUACCGUCCAUUCAGAAGGGGCGUUAGACAGACAGGCUCAAAAUGUAGACCCUCAAAACUAUUCACAGUCUGUGGAUCCCCAAGGAUACCGACAACCAGCCGACCAACAAAUGUAUAGACAAGGACAAGGACAAGAACAGCAAAUGUAUCGGCAAACCUCGACUAACCAACAAGGGUACCGUCAAACACCAGAUAAACAGCUAUACCGGCAAGGAGCGAUGGAUCAGCAAUCUUAUCGUCCACCUGCAGCAACUGAUCAAGAUAUAAUGAAUGGAGACCGGGACUUAAGACAACAGGGACAACGUCCUUCCAUCGAUUACUUUGACCACUAUAAACGACCUCCUAGUAGAGAUUCAAGCGUGGAUCGCUACGGCAGGCGAUCAAGACAGCCAUCAGUAGAAGCUGCGCCUCCUAGUGGUGGAUCCAGGGCUGGUUCUGUGGCGCCACAACCGAUAACUUCUUCGCGUCCACCUUCUCGAGCGGCUACUCCCGCUGGCAAUGGUCAUUUAGCUUCAGGCCGUGGUUCUAUUUCACGUGCUGCUUCGAGGGAAACCCAACCUUUCGAAGAUUCCCUUCUACGGAAAAGAAAUCUUGGACAAGAAAUUUCUCCAUCACCAUAUCAACCAAAGAGAACCGAAAGCUUGUUCGUACCACAAAAUCCAACACCGCCGCCUCCAGCGCCGACGGGAGGUGGUGGCGGAGGCCGAAAGUUUUAUUGCAAAAUGUGGUAUCAAGCAGACGAGGAGGAAGAUGAGGAUCUUAUGUGUUCGCCGGCUAUUUUGGCUCGCCGCGCCUCUGAGAGUUGGAUUAAUGUGCCUCCUGUAGAGAUGUUAAGCACUCCACAAACUUUACAACGCAAGAAGUCUCUACCGGACGUUGCAGGGAUGCCGCGGUUACCGGACGGCGGGGGGAUGUCGCGCGAGGAGGUGUCGGCGCUGGGCUCGGCGCGCCGCGAGGAAGUGCGCCGCAUGCACGAGGAGUCCGAGAAGCUGAGAGCCAACCCCCUCCUGUACUUAGUUAGUCCACAAGUGAAGGACUGGUUCUCACGACAGCAGUUAGUGAUCCUAGUACUGUUUAUAAACAUCUCGUUAGGGAUUAUGUUCUUCAAGCUGCUCACG